AUGGAAAUGGACAAAGAACCAUAUGAUUAUAUAUUUAAAAUUAUCAUAAUUGGAAAUGGAAGUUGCGGUAAAACAAGCAUAUUGUAUCACUAUUUGAAUGCGAAAUAGCCAAAGAAUGUUGCCUAGACUGUGGGGGUUGAGUUUUCGUCAAAAAUGAUUUCAAUAAAAGGGAAAUCGAUUAAGUUACAGUUAUGGGACACGGCAGGUCAAGAACGAUAUAGAUCAAUUGCAAGAACGUAUUACAGGGGAGCAUUGGGAGCAGUUUGCCUUUUUGAUUUGACAAACGUGGAAUCCUUCUAAAAUAUGUAGCAGUGGAUUAAAGAUGCAAGAGAUUUUGCAAGGCCUGAUAUAUGUAUUAUAGCAUGUGGGAAUAAGGUAGAUUUGAUCGAAUAAAGAAGAAUUACUGAGAGUUAGGUAUAAAAAUUAGUGAAGGAGUAUUCAAUUGAUUCUUAUUUUGAAACAAGUGCAGUUACAGGAGAGCAAAUAGAGAAUAUGUUUUUGACAUUAUCAGGGAAAUUAGUUUAAAGGAUAGACAAUGGGUUGAUUGAGAAGAACGAUUUAAAACCAAUAUUAUUGGCUACCCACUCCUCAAAGGAAGAAGCGAAAGAAUAAACUUGUUCUUGUUGA